AGGAGAAGGGGGAGAAGAAAAGAAGAGGAAAGGAAGAAGGAGAAGGAGCAGAAGAAACAGGAGGAGGAGAAGGAGAAAAGGGCCGAAGGAAGAGAAAACACCUGCGGGAAAGAUGCCUCCUUCCGGACCGCCCCCCGCUCCGAGGGACCUGUUUGGAGACCUGCCCCUGCUGGACCUGCCUCCGCUGGACCUGCCCCCGCUGGACCUGCCCCCGCUGGACCUGCCGGAGCCGGACCUGGACCUGCCUCCGCCGGACCUGCUGUUUGGAGACCUGCCUGCGCUGGACCUGCCUGCGCUGGACGCUCUUGCGGAUGUCCUCGCCUUCGUGAGAGAGGAUGGUGCUCUUUUCUUCGUUUGGAGGGAUGAAGACGAGCUCUCCAUUCCUUCUGACGGAGAGGAUGGUGACCCCGGCUUCAUCUAUUCAGAUGAAGACGAGGGCUCCAUCUCUUCUGACGAAGAGGAUGGUGACCCGACUUCUUCUCUUAGAUGA